AUGUGGUAAACUAGAAUUUUCAAUCUACUUCUCAUUUGCAGUUUACCGCCCGAUCUUACUCUAUGGACACUGAGGACCGACAAGAACUCCUACGAAAGUCUCUUCUCUUAUCUGACCCGGUAGUCAUUACAGCAAAUAAAUGCGACCUCCAUUACGACGAUCCUGCCUGAUUAAGGUCCGCGCAUCAGCUUUGUUUUCGUUCCGAAUCACUUCUAACUGGGGCGAAUAGGAAGGAGCAGGUCCUCCUAAAUAUCGUUAAUUAAGGUAUUUUAACGCUAGAGAUUUCUCAGACUACACUCAAAUUAUGUCAAGAGAAGUCCCCGCAUUCUUCUUUGUACAUAUGCCAUUGUUCAUAUUUUUGGAAGCAUCCAACAUAAGUGACCCUAAAUGACCAGUUAAGGGGAUGGGUUUAAGUGUCCUUUGCCAGGUUAACACUCGGAUAUAGGCUAUAGGAAUUGAUGAUGAGUGUCGCAUUGCUAGUGACUAUCACCGAUGUUACUACUACUACUACUACUACUACUACUACUACUACUACUACUACUACUACUACUACUACUACUACUACUACUACUACUACUACUACUACUACUACUACUGCCAUUACUACUACUACUACUACUACUACUACCAGGAUUAUUACUACUCCUACUAUUGA